UUUUAGUAUUCAUUGAGGGAUCGUCGUCGAUUGAAGAACCAUUCAAGAAAUAGCAACAUCCACGGUUUGACAAAGGGUUCUCGUCGUAUAGAAACGGUUUAGCGUGUGUGUGACGUGAAAGUGAAUAAGAAAUUUCGCAAAAAAAAAACAAGGAACACAGAAAAUACAAAAUCGAAAAAAAAAAAACCAAAAAAAAAAAAAAUCGACUAUGAUGCGGUAUCAUUAACUAAAAUUGAAAGUGAUUGCAUAGAUAUUGAAAUUUUCAAAAAUUUCUAUCUUUGUUAAAAUUGCGAAAAGAGAUUAUUUUUAUAUAAGCUGGGGAUACGAAAUUUGGAUGGUGCUUUAAGACGAUCCUUCUCUCCGUCUCUCUCUUGAAACUGUGAUAUAUUUUUUUAAGUUGAAAAAAAAAGUGAUCUACAACCGCAGCAACAUGAAUUCCAUUGAAGACGGCAACAAACAAACUUCCAUCAACAACGGCAACAGCAACACGCCAGCCCCAAGUGAUGCCAACUCCAAUCAGCCUCCAAACAAUAAAGAACGUGAAAAUUGGGCCAGCGGCUUGGAAUUUCUCAUGUCCUGCAUCUCGGUCUCCGUUGGCCUGGGAAAUAUCUGGCGUUUUCCAUUUACCGCCUAUGAGAAUGGUGGCGGUGCAUUUUUGAUACCCUACAUCGUGGUGCUGUUCUUAAUUGGAAAGCCCAUGUAUUAUCUGGAGGUGCUUUUGGGACAAUUUACAAGUAAAAGUUCAGUCAAAGUAUGGUCGAUUUGUCCUUCAUUUAUAGGUGUGGGUAUUGGUCAAGCCUAUGCCGGAGUUACGGUGCUCACAUAUUAUUCCUCCCUGCUGGCCUUGACUCUGUAUUACUUUAUCGCCUCAUUCUAUAACCCCCUGCCGUGGUCAUAUUGCCGCGAAGAAUGGGGCUCAAAUUGUGUCGAUUCAAAUUCUAAAGCCACAAAUGGCGAUAAUUACACAUCGUUCAACGAUCGACCUACAAGUAGUUCGGAAAUGUAUUUUAUAAAACAGGUUAUCCGAGAAUAUGAUGACAUAUCUGAAGGCAUUGGCUUGCCUAGUUGGAGAUUAACAUUGGCCUUGUUUGUGGCCUGGCUAACCACAUUUUUGGUUAUAGUUCGUGGUGUAAAAACGGCUGGCAAAGCUGCAUAUUUCCUGGCCAUAUUUCCAUAUGUAAUUCUAAUAACACUGCUAAUAAGAGCUGUCACCUUGGAUGGUGCCAUAGAUGGUAUUAUAUUUUUCCUAAAACCCAAUUGGAGCGAAUUGCUGAAUUUGAAGGUCUGGAAAGAAGCCGUUGUACAAUGCUUCUUUUCUCUGGCAGUGGGCCUGGGUCCCAUCGUUAUGUUCUCCUCCUACAACAAAUUCAAUCACAAUUCACAUAGGGAUGCCAUUAUUGUAACCAGUUUGGAUACGGUAACGAGUCUGAUUGCGGGCAUCACAAUAUUUGGCAUCUUGGGUAAUUUGGCACACAAUCUAAAUAUCAGUAAUAUCGAUGAGGUUGUACGCAGCGGUACAGGUUUGGCAUUUAUAUCCUAUCCAGAUGCUAUCGCAAAGUUUAAUGGGGUACCGCAGUUAUUUGCCGUUUUAUUUUUCAUAAUGCUUUUCGUUUUGGGCAUUGGAACAUUGGUGGCCCAGGCCAAUACCCUCGUGGCGAUAUUAUGUGAUCACUUUAAAUGGAUGAAGGCCUGGAUGGUGGCCCUGGCAACAUCAAUUGGCGGCUUUCUUUGUGGCAUUAUUUACGUUACUCCGGCUGGGCAAUGGAUUCUAAAUUUGGUGGAUUAUUAUGGUGCCACAUUUGUCAUAUUUGGCUUGGCACUAUUUCAAAUCAUCGGCGUUGCAUGGGUCUAUGGUUUACAAAACUUCUGUGAUGAUGUGGAAUUUAUGAGCCGCAUGCGUGUAUCGUUCUAUUGGCGUAUAUGCUGGGCCGUUAUUACACCCCUCCUACUUCUAUUCAUUUUCGUUUAUUCCAUGGCUGAGUUGAAAACAUUACAAUAUGCUGGCAUGGAUUAUCCAGAAUCGGCAAAUAUUGCCGGUUGGGUUCUAUUGGCCAUAGGAUUUGUACAAUUCCCACUAUGGUUUAUAUGGACAACAACCUCUAAUUGUGGUGGUUCACUGUGGAAUGCUCUGCAAAAAGCAUGUUCACCUAGUGAUGAAUGGGGUCCCAGCAAUCCAGAUGUUCGCAAACAAUGGCUGAUGUUCAAAACGGAGGCCCAGGAAAAACGUAACGCGAAAUUAAAGUCCGACAAUAGUUCUUCACUAUUUUGGCGGAAAGUUAAAAAUACUUUCUUCAGCAGCACAUAGUAGUAGAGGGAUAACUGCAUUUCCCACCACUCCCAAAUUUGUUGUUCCAUCGAAGUGAUGUUCUGUUGCGCUGAGCAUUUAUUCCACACAAAAAAAAAAGAAUGAGAGAAAAUGCCAAAGUACUUAAUAUAUGUUUGUGUAAUUAGCAAUAUCGAUAUCUGUAGUAUUUAAGUAAUGAGAGCUGUAUAGAAAUUUAAGUAAUAAAGUCGUAAUGG